CCCUUUCCUUUCUCGCUCCAUGAGACAACCCGUUUUAAGAUCAUAAAUGAAAUCUUCCUCUCGCGUUUGCCGCCUCCUCUUGGCAGCGCCCCUCUCUACCUUCCCACUCAUAAAACCUGUCCCAGCCUGAAGAAGUUCUCCGUCCCGCUCCCCACCCCCACUCCCUGCCCGGAUCUCUGAGGACACCUGGAUGCCGGCAGCGGCCGCCGACCACGACCCGGACCCGGCCACACCCGGCUCGCCCGCCCGCGGGGUGGGGACCCCCGCAGCCGGCGGAGCAGCCACGACGGGGUUAAGGUUCCGGGCUGGGGGAGGGGGAGGGGGCCGGGAGGGGCGGGUGCGGAGCCAAUCGGCGGCCGCAGAGUCCCCGGGGCCGAUAGCCGGGAGCGCUGUGCCGGGAGCCGGGAGCUAAGCGCGCCGGGCUGGGGCCGGGGCCCGAGCGGAGCGGAGCAGAGAGGGAGCGCGCCCGCCCCAGCCCCGAGUCCCGCCGCUUGCCCUCCCGCCGCAUCGCGGGCUUAGCGGCCGCCGCCCCAGCCAUGGAGCAAGACAACAGCCCGCGGAAGAUCCAGUUCACCGUCCCGCUGCUGGAGCCGCACCUUGACCCCGAGGCGGCGGAGCAGAGCCUGCAGAACCCAUCCCUAAAGCUCAGGAGAGGGGCAGUGAGAAACCCAGCAAAGAGGAACCCACAACCCAUAUACCACCAUUGGAUUCCCAGGGAGCCAACUCGGUCUGAGAGUGGAGGAGGUAUCCUGCAAUGGAGACUGCGGUUGGGAAUGCAUGGACACUGGAUCAGUUUCUUACUCUUCACUUUUGGGAAAAAUCUCUUGUUUUUAAAAAGUGAUAAAUUUGGUGUUAGGUCCUUGGCAUUUUCCUUCUUUCCCGGCAUGGAGAAUCCUCUUUCCCUCCCUUCUUGUCCUGCCCUCUCUGCAGCCCCCUCUCCUGCCCAGCUCCUCUGGAAAAGAGGAAAUCGAGAAGCUGGACGGGAGCCUUGGGGGAGGGGAGAGAAUUCUCCCCUCAGCCCUGCCCCUACUUGCUGUGGCAAGAGAGAUGGGCGGGGGGGCAGUCAGACAGGUGUAAGGACUAACUUCCAGGGCACCAAGAAGGAAGGAAAGGCCUGGGUUCUGGGUUCUGGGUUCUCUUCUCUUAAUUGAGGAAAAGAUACCAGC